AUGAGCCACAGCAAUGUGUCCCUGCCUGCAUCUGUACAGUUCUGCUAUGAGAACGUCAAUGGGUCCUGCAUUCAGAUUCCCUAUUCUCCAGCAUCUCGAGUCAUUCUCUACCUGGCCUUUGGUUCUGGAGUUCUGUUGGCUAUUUUGGGAAAUCUUUUGGUCAUGAUUUCAAUCUUACACUUCAAGCAGCUGCAUUCUCCAGCCAAUUUUCUCAUUGCCUCCUUGUCUUGUGCUGACUUUUUGGUGGGAGUCACUGUGAUGCCCUUCAGCAUGGUGAGGUCAAUAGAGAGCUGCUGGUAUUUUGGAGAGAGUUACUGCAAAUUGCAUACCACUUUUGAUGUUGCAUUUUGUUAUACUUCUCUCCUCCACUUGUGCUUCAUCUCUAUUGAUAGAUAUAUCGCUGUUACAGACCCUCUAGUCUAUCCAACCAAGUUCACCAUCUCUGUCUCCGGACUAUGCAUUGCUCUUUCCUGGACCAUCACUAUGUCUUACAGUGGUUCUGUUUUUUACACAGGUAUCAAUGAUGAUGGACUGGAGGAAUUAGUAAGUGCUCUCACCUGUGUGGGAGGUUGUCAGAUUGCUGUGAAUCAAAACUGGAUCAUAAUAGAUUUUUUGUUGUUUUUCAUACCCAGUCUAGUUAUGAUUAUUCUUUAUUCUAAGAUUUUUCUUGUAGCGAAAUUUCAGGCUAGGAAGAUUGAAAAUACAAGUAGUAAAGGGGAAUCUUCCUCUUCAGGUAGUUACAAAGCCAGAGUAGCCAAGAGGGAGCGAAAAGCAGCAAAAACAUUGGGUAUUGCUGUGAUUGCUUUUCUAAUUUCAUGGUUACCCUACUCACUUGACUCAUUAAUUGAUGCAUUUCUUGGUUUUGUAACCCCUGCCUACGUGUAUGAAAUUUGCUGUUGGUUCGCUUAUUAUAAUUCAGCUGUGAAUCCCCUGAUUUAUGCUUUGUUUUACCCUUGGUUUCGGAAAGCUAUAAAACUCAUUGUCACUGGCAAAAUCUUACAGAAUGGCUCUUCAACCAUGAAUUUGUUUUCUGAACAAGAGUAA